GGCCGCCUCCCGGAGCCGGAGCCGAGCCGGAGCCGAGCCGAGCCGAGCCGGCCGCCUGCCGGGCGGCGCCCCCUGCCCCGCCGCAGCGCCCACGUUCACACACCCACCACGUGCUCCCAGCUCCUCUCCUCUCGGGUUCCACAUCAGCCAGUGACCUGACUGAAAAGCCGUAGCCUCGUCCACCCUGUGCUCAAACUGAGCUCAGGCCACAUUAGCUCUCUUCUGAGCAUCUGCAUCUGCUGAUUAAAACAUUAGGAGGAACGUCAGCUUGGAAGCGACGCAUUUGAUCAGCCAAUUACUGUAACAAAAAAGCAGUGAGCUCUGAUUUGAGGCCCCCUCCGUUCCCGCUGUCCCAGCUGCAGUGAUGGAAAACUCGUCGGUGGCGUCGGCCUCCUCGGAGGCGGGGAGCAGCCGCUCGCAGGAGAUCGAGGAGCUGGAGCGCUUCAUCGACAGCUACGUGCUGGAGUACCAGGUGCAGGGGCUGCUCGCCGACAAGACGGAGGGGGACGGGGAGAGCGAGAAGACGCAGUCCAACAUCUCGCAGUGGACGGCGGAUUGUAGUGAGCAGCUUGAUGGCAGCUGUUCCCCAUCCAGAGGGAAGGGCUCGUCGUCUCACGAACACAAUCAGGAAGAGUGGGAUCACAGCAGCGGUGGGAGCGCAGGAUCCCGGCCGGGGUCGGGCUCCAGACGUGGGUCUGGAUCCAGGUCUGGCAGCCGCGGCGGAAGCAGCCAGUUCAGGCAACCGACCAAGAAUGGCAACAAGGAGGGCUCCCUCGACAUGCUGGGCACCGACAUCUGGGCUGCCAACACCUUCGACUCCUUCAGCGGUGCAACGUGGGAUUUGCAGCCUGAAAAACUAGAUUUCACGCAGUUUCACAGGAAGCUCCGAAACACCUCCAAACACCCGCUGCCUCACAUAGACAGAGAAGGGCUCGGAAAAGGGAAGUACGAGGACGGUGACAGCAUCAACUUGAACGACAUAGAGAAAGUCCUCCCGGUGUGGCAGGGUUACCAUCCAUUGCCUCAUGAAGCUGAAAUCGCACACACCAAAAAGCUCUUCAGAAGGAGGAGAAACGACCGGAGGCGACAGCAGAGACUUCCUGGUGGGAACAAGUCUCAGCAGCACGCAGAUCAUCAGCAAGGCGGCACCAAACACAACAGGGACCACCAGAAACUCUACCAAGGAGGCCAGGCCCCUCACUCCUCAGGCAGGACGGGCCACCACGGCUACAGCCAGAACCGGAGAUGGCACCACAACCAGAAGCACUCGCCCAACGACAAAGAAACGCACAGAAACGCCAAAGAGACUGAGAAUUUGAAAAUCGAGGACAGCUCCGUCUGCACGGUGCACAGCCCGUCGGAGACGCAGCGGGGCCCGGAGGCGGUGGAGAAGCAGUCCCAGCAGUACAUCCAGGAGCCGGAGACCAAGCGGAGAGACAGUAUUCACGAGCGCAUUGGGGAGAGACCCAAGAUCAAUUUGCUCCAGUCUUCCAAAGACAGGCUGCGGAGGAGGCUAAAAGAAAAGACGCCUUGUCUUUCCCUUUUCACGGACCAGGACGAAGUCACGGUUGAAACCACCAACCCUGAAAAGAACAAAAUGGACAAAUUAAUUGAAAUCCUAAACAGCAUGAGGAACAACAGCAGUGAUGUUGACUCCAAGCUCACCACCUUCAUGGAGGAGGCCCAGAACUCCACCAACUCUGAGGAGAUGCUGGGGGAGAUAGUUAAGACCAUCUACCAGAAAGCGGUGACAGACCGCAGCUUUGCUUCCACAGCAGCCAAGCUCUGUGACAAAAUGGCCCUCUUUAUGGUGGAAGGAACCAAAUUCCGGAGUCUGCUCCUCAACAUGUUGCAGAAGGAUUUCACCAUGCGGGAGGAGCUGCAGCAGCGGGACGUGGAGCGCUGGCUGGGGUUCAUCACCUUCCUCUGCGAGGUCUUCGGCACCAUGAGGAGCAGCACCGGAGAGCCCUUCCGAGUCCUCGUCUGCCCCAUCUAUACCUGCCUCAGGGAGUUGUUGCAAUCUCAGGACGUGAAGGAGGACGCCGUGCUUUGCUGCUCCAUGGAGCUGCAGAGCACCGGCCGGCUGCUGGAGGAGCAGCUGCCCGAGAUGAUGACGGAGCUGCUGGCCAUCGCCCGCGACAAGAUGCUGUGCCCCUCCGAGUCCAUGCUGACGCGGUCCCUCCUGCUGGAGGUCAUCGAGCUGCACGCCAACAACUGGAACCCGCUGACGCCCACCAUCACGCAGUACUACAACAAGACAAUCCAAAAACUGACAGCCUGAGGGGCAGGGCAGGGAGGGGUGGGAAGGGGCGAGAAGGAGACAUGCACCUUAGCGGGAUCCGGCUCUCGCGGCCCGGCGAGCGCCUUUCUGAUUUAAAUACCUAAGCAGACAAACCCCAGCAUGCUUGAGAAUACGUUCGUGGGGUGGGGAGGGAGAAGCAUGUUUCUUUUCAGCUGUGUCGCCAAGUGCCACCCCUCUUCCCUGCCGUGUUUUUGUUUUAGGGUUUCUUUUAUGAAAUCGUUGCUCCAGCAGCAGUGCAUCCCGCCGGGUUAUUGUUUGGCUUUAGAAAGAAGACAGCGAAUUGGAAAAGCGAGCCCGAGUGGGGGCUAGUAUUGUUUUCACACCGUCCUCCGGGCUUGCCCUGGCCAACUGGUAGGAGACAGCACGCAGCAGAUGUCCCGGGAGGACAAAGCACGACACACACUACACCAGACGCUCAUAAUUGACGGCUUUUGUCAAGCGGAGCUUUCGUUAUUUCCCCCCCCUCCUCCUCUUGUCUUCGACUUUCUGCUCCCCCACCUCCCCUCCGUCUACUCGCCGCCCCUUCGGACACCAACCGGCGAGCAGGAUGGCUUUCUUAUUUGCACUGGGUUUUGUUUUUCUUGGUCAUUUGUAUUUUAUUCUAUUUUAUUUUAUUUUAUUGUGAACGGACAAUUGCGAUCAGCGCGGAGACGUGGAAGUGACGCCUUCCUGCGAGCUCACAAAUGGUUUACGUGAAGAUGCUGAAGUAGGAGGAGGAUUUUUAAGGAGCCCAAAAGCCACUGUAGAAGUAACAUAGCCACAGUUCUCUUGCCAGUAACCUCGCAGAUUAACUGAAAAAUGUGUGCCCUGAGCUGGGAGCUCCAAGAAACACGGGAUGCUGGGGCUGCUUGCUCUGGCUGGUAAAGCCGCCGCAUCCCCCAUCCACUAAACUAUAACCCAUUUAUUUUUUUGUAAUUUUUUUGUUUCCGUUGAAAGAGUGCUUUAUUGUAAUUACUGUCAUGGUUGUAAUAAUACGUUUAAAACCAGGCCCAUUGUAGUUGGGCCUAGUAAUGUACAGGGCAAUGGAGAAAUGAAGACUUGAUGUUCUUCUUGGGAAACCAGUAGAGAGAAGACAAGAAGUGCAU